AUGUCGUCGAAACUAUGGUAUUCGUACUGCUUUCGCCUGAUUGAUCGUCUGCCUUCCAAGCAUCAUCGUAUUCAUUCGGUACUGAAUCUGUGUCGUUUUCUGGAGCCGCGGAUCACAGCUCGAAUUCUACCGAACGUUGGUCGAGGCGAAGUGAGUGGCAGUCGAUGCUGGCGUACGAUUACCUUUUAA